CGCGGCGGGCGCGGGAGAAGGGGCAGCGCCGCACCGCGCGCACCGCGCCAUGGGGGCCGCGUCCGGCCAGCGGGGGCCGGGGCCACUGUCGCCUCCGCUCCUGCUGCUGUCGCUGUCGCUGCUGCUGCCGCCGCCGCCGUCUUCGCCCGCCCCGGCGCUCGACCCCGGAUUGCAGCCUGGCAACUUUUCGGCGGACGAGGCAGGGGCGCAGCUCUUCGCCGAGAGCUACAACUCGAGUGCUGAGCAGGCGUUGUUCCAGAGCGUGGCGGCCAGCUGGGCGCACGACACCAACAUCACCGAGGAGAAUGCGCGGCUCCAGGAGGAAGCAGCCCUGAUGGAGCAGGAGUUUACGGAGGCCUGGGGCAAGAAGGCCAAGGAGCUGUAUGAGCACGUCUGGGAGAGCUUCACUGACCCAAAGCUGCGAAGGGUCAUCGGAGCGAUAAGAACCCUAGGACCUGCCAACCUGCCCCUGGCCCAGCGGCAGCAGUACAACUCUCUGCUAAGCGACAUGAGCCGCAUCUACUCCACUGGCAAGGUCUGCUUCCCCAACAAGACUGCCACCUGCUGGUCCCUGGACCCAGAGCUCACCAACAUCCUGGCUUCCUCACGAAGCUACGCCAAGCUGCUGUUCGCCUGGGAGGGCUGGCAUGAUGCUGUGGGCAUUCCACUGAAACCCCUCUAUCAAGACUUUACCGCCCUCAGUAAUAAAGCCUACAGACAAGAUGGCUUCCCGGACACAGGGGCCUACUGGCGCUCCUUGUAUGAGUCCCCCUCCUUUGAGGAUGCCCUGGAGCGGCUCUACCAUCAGCUGGAGCCCCUCUACCUGAACCUCCAUGCCUACGUCCGCCGCGCCCUGCAUCGACGCUAUGGGGACAAAUACAUCAACCUCAGGGGGCCCAUUCCUGCUCAUCUGCUGGGAGACAUGUGGGCCCAGAGUUGGGAGAACAUCUAUGACAUGGUAGUGCCUUUCCCAGACAAACCCAACCUCGAUGUCACCAGCACAAUGGUGCAGAAGGGCUGGAAUGCCACACACAUGUUCCGGGUAGCAGAGGAGUUCUUCACCUCGCUGGGGCUCUCGCCCAUGCCUCCUGAGUUCUGGGCAGAGUCGAUGCUGGAGAAGCCAACUGAUGGGCGGGAGGUGGUGUGCCAUGCCUCCGCCUGGGACUUCUACAACAGGAAGGACUUCAGGAUCAAGCAGUGCACACGGGUCACGAUGGAGCAGCUGUCCACAAUACACCAUGAGAUGGGCCACGUGCAGUACUAUCUGCAGUACAAGGACCUGCCCGUCUCUCUGCGGAGAGGCGCCAACCCUGGCUUUCACGAGGCCAUCGGGGACGUGCUCGCACUCUCCGUCUCCACCCCUGCACACCUGCACAAAAUCGGCCUGCUGGAUCGUGUUGACAAUGACAUAGAAAGCGACAUCAAUUACUUGCUAAAGAUGGCCCUAGAGAAAGUUGCCUUCCUGCCCUUUGGCUACCUGGUGGACCAGUGGCGCUGGGGGGUUUUCAGUGGACGUACCCCUCCUUCCCGCUACAACUUUGACUGGUGGUAUCUUCGAACCAAGUACCAGGGGAUCUGCCCUCCAGUUGCCCGGAAUGAAACCCAUUUUGAUGCCGGAGCCAAGUUUCAUAUCCCAAAUGUGACACCAUAUAUCAGGUACUUUGUCAGCUUUGUCCUGCAGUUCCAGUUCCAUCAGGCGCUGUGCAAGGAGGCAGGCCACCAGGGCCCACUACACCAAUGUGACAUCUACCAGUCCACCCAGGCGGGAGCCAAGCUCCAGCAGGUGCUACAGGCCGGCUCCUCCAGGCCGUGGCAGGAAGUGCUGAAGGACCUGGUGGGCUCAGAGAGCCUGGACGCUGGGGCACUGAUGACCUACUUCCAACCGGUCAUCCAGUGGCUACAGGAGCAGAAUCAGCGGAAUGGCGAAGUCCUGGGCUGGCCAGAGUAUCAGUGGCGCCCACCGUUACCCGACAACUAUCCAGAGGGCAUUGACCAAGUGACUGACGAAGCAGAGGCUGACAGGUUCGUGGAGGAGUAUGACCGGACAGCCCAGGUGUUGUGGAAUGAAUACGCAGAGGCAAACUGGCAUUAUAACACCAACAUUACCAGAGAGGGCAGCAAGAUCCUGCUUCAGAAAAAUAAGGAAGUGGCCAACCACACCCUGAAAUACGGCACUUGGGCUAAGAAGUUCGAUGUGGGCAACUUUCAGAACUCUACCAUCAAGAGAAUCAUAAGGAAGGUUCAGAACCUGGAUCGGGCGGUGCUGGCUCCCAAGGAGCUAGAAGAGUACAACGAGAUCCUGCUGGACAUGGAGACAAUUUACAGCGUUGCCAAUGUUUGCUACGCAAAUGGUACCUGUCUGGAGUUGGAGCCUGGUCUGACAAAUGUGAUGGCCACGUCCCGGAACUAUGAAGAGCUUUUAUGGGUGUGGCAGAGCUGGCGAGACAAGGUGGGGAGAGCCAUCCUUCCCUUUUUCCCAAAGUAUGUGGGAUUCUCCAACAAGAUCGCCCAGCUCAACGGCUACACUGACGCAGGGGACUCAUGGAGAUCCUCCUAUGAGACAGACAACUUGGAGAAAGACCUAGAACAACUGUACCAGGAGCUUCAGCCUCUAUACCUGAACCUGCAUGCCUAUGUGCGCCGUUCCUUGUACCACCGCUACGGGUCUGAGUACCUCAACCUGAAUGGUCCCAUUCCUGCCCACCUGCUAGGGAACAUGUGGGCGCAAACCUGGUCCAACAUCUAUGACUUGGUGGCACCCUUCCCUUCAGCCCCCAAUUUGGAUGUCACAGAGGCCAUGGUAAAGCAGGGAUGGACACCCAGAAGGAUAUUUAAGGAAGCUGACAACUUCUUUACCUCCCUGGGGCUGCUGCCUGUGCCCCCCGAGUUCUGGAACAAGUCGAUGCUGGAGAAGCCAACCGAUGGGAGGGAGGUGGUGUGCCAUGCCUCAGCCUGGGACUUCUACAACGGCAAGGACUUCAGGAUCAAGCAGUGUACCUCAGUGAACAUGGAGGAUUUGGUGAUAGCCCACCACGAAAUGGGCCAUAUCCAGUAUUUCAUGCAGUACAAAGACUUGCCCGUGACCUUCCGGGAGGGUGCCAACCCCGGCUUUCAUGAGGCUAUCGGAGAUGUUAUGGCUCUGUCAGUGUCUACGCCCAAGCAUCUACACAGUCUCAACCUGCUGAGCAGUGAGGGCAAUGGCUACGAGCAUGACAUCAACUUCCUGAUGAAGAUGGCCCUCGAUAAGAUCGCCUUUAUCCCCUUCAGCUACCUCAUCGACCAGUGGCGCUGGAGGAUCUUUGACGGAAGCAUCACCAAGGAGAACUACAACCAGGAGUGGUGGAGCCUCAGGCUGAAGUAUCAGGGUCUCUGCCCUCCAGUGCCCAGAACUCAAAGUGACUUUGAUCCAGGGUCCAAGUUUCACGUUUCUGCAAAUGUGCCAUAUAUCAGGUACUUCAUCAGCUUCAUCAUCCAGUUCCAGUUCCACGAGGCGCUGUGCCGUGCAGCCGGGCACACGGGUCCGCUGCACAAGUGUGACAUCUACCAAUCCAAGGAGGCAGGGAAGCUGCUGGCGGAUACCAUGAAGCUGGGCUACAGUAAGCCGUGGCCAGAAGCCAUGAAGCUGAUCACAGGCCAGCCUAACAUGUCAGCCUCCGCCAUAAUGAACUACUUCAAGCCACUGACAGAAUGGCUCAUCACUGAGAACAGGAGACAUGGAGAGAUACUGGGCUGGCCGGAGUACAACUGGACACCAAACAACGCUCGCUCGGAAGGCUCCUUUCCAGAGUCUGGCCGUGUCAACUUCCUCGGCAUGUACCUGGAGCCACAGCAGGCCCGUGUGGGCCAAUGGGUGCUGCUCUUCCUAGGCGUCGCCCUGCUGGUGGCCACCUUGGGUCUCGCCCAUCGGCUCUUCAACAUCCACAACCACCACAGCCUCCACCGGCCCCACCGUGGGCCCCAGUUUGGGUCUGAGGUGGAGCUCAGACACUCCUGAGGUGACCCUGCUGGUGAGGCCAGCAGAGGAAUGUCCCACAAGAAACUGGAUGGGGGACAUGGUGUGUGAGUGAACACACCCUAGCUGGGCCUUCCUCCUCCUUCCCUGUCCUGCUAUACUCUCUGACUCCCAUCUCCAGCCCCCACUCUCUAGACACCCAGCAUCUAACAUGGAAUUCCCCACCCAGUCUCUGUGCGUACAAUUAAAGGUCCUCCCCCCCGACACCUGAGUCUGUGUCCCUUCUGGGAAGCCAGGGACAGGACCGGCUGCUGGUCUGUCUCCUGACAUUCCAGCAGGCCCCUUCCUGGUUGCCUCUUAGUCUCUCUCCAAGCAGCAACCCAAAUAAUCCCAAGUGCUCCGCCCCCUGCCCAACCCCCAAUCCCUGUAGCUUUUCCCACCAGCCUUCCUAGCAGCCCAGGUGAGGUGGCUUAUGUUCUGCCCAGGCAGGCGGCCCCUGCCCACUCCAUGCCCUUACCAGGGAGGAUCCCAGGAAGCAGAGAGGAAGCAGUGCUGUGGGCUGCCUCCUGCUCUGCCUGUGGAUGCACUGUGGAUGGCUCAGCCUGUUCUGCGUUGACCUUUGUGAUGGUGGGUGUCUCAGGAAGACCCUGGAUGUCCUUCCCUGCUACAGAAUGAGGGCACUGGAGGGCCUGACUCAUGGAGCAUGCCAAAGCCCACAGUCAACCGAGACUCCAGCCUCUUCAUGAAUAGACAGCCUGGGUUCUCCAGUGGAGCCACACAGGCACUGCCCUGGGGAAAGCCACAGUGUGGGCUCAGUGUCACAGGAUGCCUGCUCACACCGGAACACACUCCCUCACCCUAAGGCCACCCCUUGGGAUUUGGGGGAGGUGUCGUUUUAAGGAACUUCUUAAAAAUAGUUGUUAUCUACAUGUUUAUGUAGGAAAUUUGGAAAACUCUAAAUAAAAGCCCAUGAUACCAGCAUCAAGAAAUUUAAA